GGUCUAACCCAGCCGGGCGGUCCUCCUGACGGAGGUUACGACUCGCCAAAUGUGCCGGCUUUCCCGCCCUUCGACCCGAACGCCCCAUACAUCCCGAUCUCGGUGCCGGCUGAUGGGGGUGCUGGCGGCACGAUCAUCACGCAGGACAUCUCAAUCAACAUCGACGCCGAUGCGCUAAUGGAGGCGUUGGGAAUGGGGAAAGGUGGCAAGGGCGGAAGCGGUGGUAAUGGAGGGAAGGGCGGAAACGGUGGAAAAGGAGGAGGUCGCGGAGACGACGGGAAAGGCGGCGGCGUCGGCAGUUGGACCGACGACAGCGACGAGGACAGCGGAAGCGGGCAAAACGGUCAUGGCAAUAACGGCAAGAAAAUUCGGUCGUGCAGCAGCAGCUCCUACGGAAAAACUGGCACGUACAUGACCGAAUUGACGUUCUACGGAUUCCGCGGCGCUGAGUUGUCGUCAAGCCCGGAUCGCUGUGUGGCCGCUUGCUAUCAGGUGGCAGAGUGCCAAGGUGUCGAGUGGUACAACGGCAAGUGCUACCGGGCCUGGUUCGAGCGCCGCGACAGGUUGCCGAGGACCCGUGGCAGUACCCAGCUGAGGACACGUGGAUGCUUCGGCAAAACCGAACUUCGCGGCCAACUCAUCGGAAUGCCGCGUUGGUGGGUGUACGCCGACCGUCAGCAUCGUUGGACGAAAACCAGGCCGACCGGGGUUGGCCAGGUCAAGGCGGAAAAUGGCCUGUUCUGCGUCCUGCGCCAAAAGGUGGCCGGGUGCAACCUUGUCGCACUGACCAUUCGAAAUGGCCGUCUCAACCUCGGCGGUACCGGGAGCGUCGUCGGCUACGUGGCUGAGACGAUUGGGGAGUGUGGCGCCUUUCAGGCAGUCAACGAAUGGCAGCUGUCGCUUCCAAAACUCACCGAUUUCGUGUACAUCCCGCCACCCGGUCAGGGUCAGAAAACGUGGCGCAACAAUGGACGCGUCUUCUACGUGUGGAUCAACUCCGGCGGAGGGGUGCGGAACCUCGGAAAUUGCCAGCCUAACGCCCCA